GGAGUGGGCGGGCGUGCGUGUAACAGAAUGAAUGAUGUCAGGGAGCACCGCGGCGAGCAUGAGGUUCGCGGUAAACACGGCGGCGGCCGCAGCAGCAGCCCCGAGCCAGCGCUGCCCCCGGCGCCCCCCGGCCCGGAGCCGCUCUCCAGCGGGGGAGCGCGCCCAGCUGCGGCUCUGCUGAGGCAGGAAACCUUUCCGAGGAGUGUCGCCUCCGUUGACGCCCUUAAAGCCGAUCCCUUUCGCCAGGAGGGAGAAGAGGCUGCGGCUGGGAGAGGAGCGAAUUGCAGGGGAAGGUAGAGAUUGUGGCAAACUUUCUAGCUGCUUCUGCGUGCUGCUGGCUCAGUGGUGGGAGUGUCUGACCAUAAGGAACUGCAAAGCCCGAACCUGAGAGCCCUGAGGCUCCAAAAAAGACUUCCAUCUGCCUUUGGAGGAGGAACUGCCAGCAGUGCAAGCUGAGUAGAUGAUUCAGCUCUAGAGGAAAGAUUUGUCUUCACAAUUUCCUUUGAAAGCACAAUGGACACAUUUUAGAGUUUUACAGAAAUCGGAAAUCAUCUAGGAACGAGAACAUUGAACUUUGAGGAAUAACAGAGUUCAGAGAGCCCAGAAAUUGGUCACUGAUAAACCUGACUUCGCCAUACAGCUUGGAAAUGAAUACCAUUGAGACAGCAAAGCUUGAAGAGCAUAUGGAGGGUCAAACGAAUGACACUUCUAAUGGCUACUCACGACCUACUCUCUCAGUCAGUGAAGAGAACAAAAAUGGCACCAACAAACCAAAGGGCUUGUCUAACGGCUUACGGAAAACAGCAAAGAAGUAUCCUGAUUACAUCCAGAUUUCUAUGCCUGCUGAGGCUAGGAACAAAUUUCCUCUGGAGUGGUGGAAAACAGGCAUUGCCUUUGUCUACGCUCUCUUCAACUUGAUUCUAACAACUGUCAUGAUCACUGUGGUCCAUGAGAGAGUACCUCCAAAGGAGCUGAGCCCUCCCUUGCCUGACAAAUUUUUUGAUUACAUUGAUCGUGUGCAAUGGGCUUUUUCUGUAUCAGAAAUAAAUGGAAUGAUACUACUUGGAUUAUGGAUAUGCCAGUGGUUGUUUCUUAGAUACAAAUCAAUAGUGGGACGCAGGUUCUUUUUUAUAAUAGGAACUUUGUAUCUGUACCGCUGUAUUACUAUGUACGUUACCACCUUACCUGUGCCUGGGAUGCAUUUUCAGUGUGCACCAAAGUUGAAUGGAGAUUCUCAGGCAAAGGUUCAGAGAAUCCUGCGACUGAUUUCUGGUGGUGGUCUAUCCAUAACUGGAUCACACAUCCUAUGUGGAGACUUCCUGUUUAGUGGACACACUGUAGUAUUAACGCUGGUCUACCUGUUCAUCAAAGAAUAUUCACCACGUCAUUUCUGGUGGUAUCACUUAAUCUGCUGGCUAAUGAGUGCUGCUGGUAUCAUUUGUAUCCUUGUUGCUCAUGAACACUAUACCGUAGACGUCAUCAUUGCUUACUAUAUCACCACACGGCUCUUUUGGUGGUACCACUCAAUGGCUAAUGAAAAGACUUUAAAGGUUUCUUCACAGACGAAUUUUCUCUCUCGAGCAUGGUGGUAUCCAAUAUUUUAUUUCUUUGAGAAGAAUGUGCAAGGCUCUGUUCCUUGCAGCUUUUCCUGGCCGAUAUCUUGGCCUCCCAGCUGCUUCAAAUCUUCAUGCAAAAAGUAUUCACGGGUUCAGAAGACAGGAGAGGACAAUGAAAAAUCUACCUGAAGAAAGGAGGGAAAGCAUCUGCUCUGUGGUUUUUCUUGUUUUCUUUUGUUUUGUUUUUUACCAAAACAUUAAUGCUGUAACCAAAGUUCUUAAGAGGACUAUACUGUAACUGAAGAAGUGGACCAAGCUUCUGUGCUAUUGAUUGAAGAGACAAUUAUAGACAUGUAUUGCCAUUUCAGAUGUUUUCCUAUCAGGCUGUACAGACCUACUCUACUCCUCAGUGCUAAUGAAAUGCACCACUGAUGGGAUAUUUUUAUUAAAGAAAAAAAAUGGAGCAGGACUUUGCUUUACUAACGAGAUAGAGGUGCCAAAGACUACAGUAACACUUUCAUUACUAACUACUGCUCAUCCACAGAAGCACCCAAAAGUCUCAUCUUCAGAGCUCUGGAGUGCGUAAGGGCAAAAACAUGCUCAAUUGUAAAGGCACGAUAUUGGCGUAUCGAGGUAUAUAAAAAAAAUAACACAAUUGUGGGAAGUGGUUUGUUGCAUUUUUCUUGCUAAUGAAGGUAAGGCCUCUGCAUGACUGGUACAGCUGGAAGCAAGUGUGACUUUUUUUUUUACACACUGUGGGUAUGAAUAUCUUAUGACCCUAAAAUAUUGCUUACCACUAUUAACUCCCAUAUAUUCUACUAUGUACCAAUUUUUACAUUUUUAUUAGUAAUUUUAUAUUCAAACUGUUGUGCUACCUGAUGACUUUGCUAAUUAGAAAUAGCUGCUAACAUCAGAGCUCAAGGAGCCUAAAGUUUUAUUUUUAGUAAGGGACACAGUUUCAAAGUCUAAAUCUUUAAUUACAGUUGGCCUUGUGUAUAUAGCUAUACAGUGCCUGUCAGUGUAUGUACAUGCAUAUGCACACAAAAGCACACACUAAACAAAGGUAUUUACUGGGAAGAGUGAUCAUAGAGUUCUUGAUGCAGGCAAAAGUCCCACAGCUCUCACCUGCUUGAGCAACGCAAGGCCAGGUCCAAAAUGAGGCUACGUUUAAAAUUUAAUUUUGAAUUUUAGUAGCUAUCUCUUGCUGAAGCUACAUAGCAAGUUUGCUUGGGAACCAUAGUUCUACAUUGAAUUUUUUUUUACCUGUUGACACAUGUUUCUGUGACUUCACUUUAAAAGAAAAACCCACCAAACAAAAAUGUGCCAAGGUAAAUACCUACAACAGCAGCAUUUCUUCAGUUAUUACCAAAACCCAUUUCAUAUUAAAAUACACUGUUGUAGGACUCACAUGUAGCUUCCUUUUUUCCCAGGGUUUCAGUCCAAUUAAAAUGUCUACUUAAACAAGUUGGCUGAGGAAGUGGGAAAUUACCAUGGGGUAAACAUGUAACAAAACCACAAAUUAACAGCUACCAGGUUCUUGUUGGGUUAUGUUUUGUGUUGUUGGGAAAGCAAAGCAGAAAAUUAGCAUACCAUGUUUAACCAUUUUUAUUCUGGAUGAAUUUCUGCAGUUAACUCAAUAUUGUUUUCCAGUUUUCAGUGAAACUUGAUGCAAAAGUAAAACUGCACCAAGUGUUGAGGUGAUACUAAUAUAAAGGAAAUGCUGCUUAAUUUUAAGAAUGUCUGGAAUUGACUGACAAGUGUGAACACAAUUUAAAUUAUGACAACUUCCUUUUAAAAAGUUCAGUUAAAGUUAUAAAAUUAAAUAGUAUUAAAAUAUGAUUUUUUUUCUAACUAAGGGGAUCAUUGCUCUUGUUGUACAUGAGUAUUUUUGUGCAUUAUCAAAACAAUACAAUAAACAAUGUUCCUUACAUCCUUGGUAAAACUUAGCUAAGAAAGAAGUUCUGCUGAUGUUUGGUUUUAUUUUAAAUGAGCUUAGUAGGCUCUGAUAACAUGCCCCUGAAGUUGUGUGUAUAUGGGCAUAACUAUGCUUCUAUUUGCUUGCUCCUAGCAGACUUUGAACAGCUAAAAAGCCAGUAUCAAAACAUGAGUCCUUUUUCUCUAUCAUAUAAAUGAGUCUGUUCAAUGUCAGUCAUCAGUAGAUCUCCCAAGAUACUUAUUAUAUCAGUACUACUUCAUAGAGCAUAAUUUUUUAAAGAUGAAAUCUAAGCUUUGUGAUAUCAUAAAUAUGGUCAUGUUAUGCUAUUUGUAGUAAUACUGUCUUUUGUGAUUUAUGAAUGGAUUUCAUUAUUGGUAACGAUGCCUUGAAAACAUGAUGAGAAGCCUUACAGGAGGAGCUUAAGCAGUGGUUUUCAUCUGGGCUGAAAAAUAAAUACUUAGGUAGUCUAGAUAGCUAAUUGCAUAACCACCACUGUGUCUCAGUGGGAUUUCUGUAAUAUAUCUUCAAAGUAGACUUCACACAGAAUGAGGUGUUUGGGUUUUUUUAUACUUAUUCCGAUUUCUGGAAGGUAAAAAUGUGAAAGUGAUGCAAUAGAACCAAGUAAAGAUUCUGCUUUUGUGGGGCUGCGUAAGCUUUCAUUAUACUGCUGAAUUUGGUAGAAACUUCUGUUGUAAUACAAAAGGAGAGUUUAAGUAGUAACUCUAGCUUAAAAUACUUGAAUCUUGUUCUGGCUCAGCCCCUCGGUAAGUCCUUAGUAUUUCUCCAUUGUAUCCAAGCCCUUAGAAGGGUGUGGGGGUGUGUGCAUUUAAUUAGCAGAAAGCACCAGGUCUCUACUCUCUCAAUAGCUUUUAAUUGCUUUGCAAACUUGGAUGGUAUAGUUGUAUUUGAAGAUUCUUUAGGCCUAAAUGUAAGGUGAUGAAAUGGGGUAAGUAAUUGUAUAUGCCGAUUCUUACCGCUAUAGUAGUUUAACCAAUACAAACAAUAACUACUGCAUGAAAAUUACUCACUUUAAGAUCUUGGUGAUCAUUGUAUAUUGAUACCGUGAAGCUGAAAAUACAGUUUCAUCCAAAGAGGAAAAAACAUUGCAGUAGGUAGAAAGAACAGGAGAAACUUGAACUUCACUGAAGCCUACAAUCAAAUUAUUAGUGCAUUAUUUGGACUGUAUAUGCCCAGUGUUUUGCAGAUGUCACUACUUAUUUUUUCCUAGUUACAAUAUUUCUUAGAGGUGUCACAUAAGCUGCACCUAUGCUGUGACUACAACAUGCUGCUUCUCUCUACUGAAGGGCAUUUACAUGUUGAACUUUCCAGACACUUCAAAAAAAACCCCAAACCAACAACUAAACUCUACACCUGUACACCUGGCAUAUCAGUAUGACUUAGUUGCUGAUGGUGCUUUGUGUUUAUGAAACAAGCUUUGUUAAAUGCCUAAUCUAAGUUUAAACCUGGAUGUAACAGGUUAACUUGAGGAUUUAAAGAAAUCUGCUAAAUGGUCAUGCUAUAGAUGCUUCAUUUUAAUGCCAGAAAUGAUUAACAUAUACUUGAAACCACUGUAAAUGGACUCGUUUAUUUUUUUUUCUGGUACGUACUUAGCACUCCCAUGUGGUCAUAAGUGGUACUAUAUAUUAGUCAUCCUUCAUUGCAGUUUUCUUGGAAAGAUUGCUACGGAUGGGGUAGUAGCAAAAAUAGUUGUGCUAAACGUUGCUAUGAACUCUGCAUUUGCUUCCCUCCUUAAAAAAAAAAAAAGUGAGAGAGAAGGAAACUUAAAAAAAUUAAGACUGUAUAUGCUAAGAUGCAUUACCUUCAUGUAAUAGAGAAAUAAAGCUCAGUAACAGAGACGGAACUGGGAAGUCUUGUAGGAUAUGAGAGAGCAAUCUCUUAAUUGGAUUAUUGCAAAUCCACUUACCAGUGUCUUAAAUCGGAAUCUGUUCGAGGUAUUGCUUUUUCCCAUCAUUAGUAUCUGGCUAGACAGUUUAUUGUAAGUUGUUUGGUACUGACCCCAAUUCUUUCUCAUUUCAGUAGAUGUUAAGUAUGAUUUACAGUUCUAGAAACAGAUCCAUAAACAGCAGUGCGAAGUGAAGCCUUCCCAUUUACUUUAAAUGAACUUUUCCAUAGCUUUUUGUUUGGUUUGGUUUUUUCUCUUUUUUAAUUUUUAAACCUUGAAUCUUAAAGAUUCAUGGGGUAGCUUUGAAAACAUGUCCAAUCUAUCAGUUGUAUUGAAACCAUUUUUCCUUACUAGCAGACUUAGCUAGAAAGCUCCAUUGUCACCUUGAUAUUUUUACAAUACCCAUGUUUUGAACUUACCCAGAACUCCUCUACGGACACACAAAAUUAGAGUGAUACUGUAAGGCUGAACACUUCCGAAUUAAAGUGCUCUAUACAAGGCACUGUAAAGUCAACAUCUUAAAUUCAGUUAUUGAGGAGAGGGAUCUUAAAAAUAAAUACUUCUGUUGGGCUCCACUCAAAUGAGUGUUGCUGCUUAAGUGCACAUGAGAAAAAUAUCCUAGCAUGCCACUGAAGUAACUUUACUUAAAGUAAGCCUUCCUAUGCUACUUUAUUAUGCUUCCCAGUGUCCAAAAAGAAGUGUAUUGAAACAGGACAAAGGCUUUUGUUCUAGUAUUUACAAGAAAAAGGAAGACAGAUGAAAACACAGAAAUAGAUGGUGAUCAUAUAAUGCUUUUUACAUGAAAUUGAGCUAAAACUACAACGGACUUUUAAGUAAUGUAGAAAUAAUUGGUUUUUGUGUAAAAAUAUCUUCUAAAACAAGAACAAAGUGCUGCAAUGCUUAAAACAUACUGAAGCUUUUUCUAGUUGGCUAAAGUUCCCAUGGAUUUAACUGUAUGAUUAAGUCUUAUUAACCUAGAAAGUAGCACACGAGAAUGUCAGGCUAGAUACAGGUAGCUUGUGUACUUUAGGGAAACGUUCUAGUUCUGAACUCCUCUUUCCUAACAAAACGUUCAGAAUGCCUGAAUGAUGUUUUACGAUGGAGUAACAAUACUGGGCAGUCUCUAACGUGUAUCUGAAAUACUGGUGUUGAAGAUUCCUUCUCUCCUAAUGUAAAUUGGUGAUUAAAAACUCAGGAAGGUUUGAAUUGUUUUCAGUUAAAAUGUUUUAAUUACAAACGACUUGGAGUUUAGCAAAUAGCAGUUUGUUUUCUAUGGCUCUCUGCUGUGAACUAACCUUUGAGAUGCAGACUAGGUAGGAGAAAGGAGGAAAGCAGCUCUUGCUGGAAGGAGCAGCGUGUGACUUUUGAACUAAAAUUAUAUUGACUGUAUGCUACAUGCAGUCUUAUCUGUACUAUAGUUGAAAAAAGAUGCUGUAUUAUACUUUUGUAUUUAGUGUUCACACUUUUCAAAGUAUCCUGUAGUGGUUGGCCCAGUCCCUCCCCUAGAUGAGGAGUGAGUGUUUUUGUCCUUUGCUUGUUGUAUGGUUAAACACAACUGGGUUUAGUUCUGGUAAAUGUCAAUGGAAAAAAAUGUAGAACCAUUAUGUACAGUGCCUAAGAUGUUUUUAAGAAGUCUGUGCAUGGGUUUCUUCUAGGAGAAAUACUCUUCUUUCAAGCUGUGCCUAUAUAAUAAUGUAAGCUCUUGCAUUUGCCCUCAGCAUAGCAAGGUUUGUAGGAGGUUAGCAUUUGUGACACUGCAAAGAAUUACUACAGAAUAAUCUCAUUUGUGCCAAUUGAGAGAAUUUUCACGAAGUAACUUUGCUGAAAUAUAUUUGACUUUUGAGUUUGUUGGGGGUUUUUUAUUUGGUUUGGGGUUUUUGGUUUUGUUUUGUUUUUCUUAAUUAAAAGAAGCAGCAGUCAGAAAGGAGUCUGAAGUGAAAGCAUCUUGAGCAGUUGGGCACCUGGGCCCCUGUGGCAUGUGUGGUAUUGGAUUCAGUACACAGAGGCUUCUCUGGGAAGGUAAACGAGGUUGUACUUACAUAGUAGGCUGUGAGCCACCUUUGCUUGUCAUUUUGAGCUCCUUUAAGACUGAGAGCACAGUGCCGAAGGUGGCAAUAACUAAAAAGUGUAGAGAAGGUCACUUAGAAAUCAGAAAAGUAUGGAAAGGGCUGAAAAGGCAGAUGUCCAUAAAACCAGUCAUUGGAGAGCUGUGUUCUAAUUCAAGGAAGCAGAAAAUUUGGGGUUCAAGCAUGUGAGUUGGUUUUAAAUUGAGUGGGUCUGUUUGCUUUUUAAAUUACUGUGGUUUUUUUCAUUAGAGAUUACAGGAGUUCUGAGAAUAUCAAGAGGAAAUUUAUCUCCCUGCUUACUUUGACCUCUGUCAUUGAAAUGUUUGUGGAUGAACAAUAUUACUAAACUCCAACCCCUCUUACAUUUUGAGUAACUUGUUAUCAGUGCUUUAUUUCUGUAAAAACUGAGUUUGCAUUCCACUUUUUUCAUAAUUUGUUGCCCCUCAAAAUGCUGCUUGCACUUAAGCCUGUGCUGAUUUGGGCUCUUGUCUCACUAUGUCUGCCUCUUCUAAAUGGCUCAAUACAGAAGAGUAGGAUUUACAUUUGAGAAGACUCCAUAAUUAACCCUAAAGCCAGAAGGCAUUCUUGUCAGACACAUCUUUGCACCAUUUGAGACUCAAAACUAUUUUUAAGUACAAAACCUAACAUGCUAGAACAUGCUUUUUUAUUUUUUCCCCUGUCAGGAAUCAGUUCUUCCUCUUUAAAUGUUCAGUAUGUUUGCUUGUGUUUAUUUUCCUGAUUCAGGAGAAAAUGUGUGAGAUGUGAAAAAGAUGAGUUCUGGCAGCUUCAUGAGGUCAGGGUAAUAUCAAGGAACCUGAAAGUAAAAGCAGAAAUAAUGAUGUGAUGGCUGAUGUUCUCGUGCUUUCCAUGUGACUUUGAGAACUGCUAAAGACUUCUGUAAAAACACUACAGGACCUCGCUUUUAACUGCAACAUAUUUUCCCUACUCGUUGGCUGACAGCUUUUCUUGCCUGAUUUCACCUAGGUUGACUCUGUAGCUCUGCACAUAGCAUAGGUUGGAGUUAUAUAUCCAAUCUUGGAAAAAUUAGGCAAGAAAAGCUGUUGACUGCUGAGGAACCCUGCCUGGUAAUACAGGAAUGCUGUAAUGCAUGCACGAUGGGCUAAUAAAUGGCAGGUUUUUAUGGCUUUAGGGUCCAGUUCUGCAAAAACUGUGCAGUAUAAUGCUAUGAUAACAAAUGAUAAUACUUAAAGACCUUUUGUGCUGUAGUUUCCACUAACGUUUGCAAACUGGGCCUCAAUUUUGUGGAAAUUGUUCAAAGUUAGCAAGAGCAAGAGUUGACUUUUAUCUAUCAAAAUUUUCAGGAUGACACUUUAUAGCUGAUGUCAGCUAUUUUGGUUAGGUAACUGAGUGUUGUGGUUUGCUGUAUAUGUGCAAGAGAGAGCUAGGGCUGUGAUUUGUAAGAUGUUGCAAUCUGUUCACUGUAUAAAAAAAGAAAAAACUAAAAAAAAAACCAACAAAAAAAACCACACACCAAAAAACCCCUAUUGCACUAGCUGUACUUUAAAAAAGCAAUAACAUGAGCAUCUUUUAGCUUUUCUCUCCAAAGGUGCUGUCAUGAUCAUUUGCAUUGUUGGCCAUGAAUUUGGUAAAAACAUCGUAAAGAAGUUGUCUUAUGUGGUUUAGUUGGCACAUACAAGUAGAAAUUUUUUAUGGUCAGCCUGUGUACUAACAAAUGCAAUACUUUGUUGGACUACUUACAUGACCAGUCAUAUCUUUAAAAAUCAGAAACCAACAUCCAUUUAUGGUGCUAAAGAUCUCAGAUAUUAUUAAGAGCUGGUAUUCUCUUCUUACCCAUGAACACUAAGGAAAGCUGUUUUGACACCUUUUCAAUAAAGCAAAAUUUCUGUACCUUUUGAGCCUGUUCCAAAUGCUUUUAAUAUAAAUGACCCUUUUCUAUUUCUAUUUUAUAUAAAAACUGCAAAAAAGGUAAGUAUUUUAAUGCAGGAAAACAUUAGAAGUAAAUAUAUUGGUCUAAACUACAUGUCCAAGUCUCAAUUUUCAUACAUUUUUAAGACAGGUAAUCUUCUAAAACUCAGUCUAAAAUACAGGAGUUGUGUUGGCAGGAUUAAGGUGCAAGCUAGUAGUUUAAAGAAAAUCAUUCUCUGGCUUCAUCAUCAUCGUUGAAGCCUCAGAGACAGAGAGAGGAUAUGAAAUGCACAAAGCUGUAGCAGGCGAACACCAAUUAUGCAGUGUAGAUCCACCUUUUGCUGAAACUUCUAAAAAACAAACUUGUGAAGGAACAUGACCACGUAAUCAUACCUAAAGAACAGACUUGAAAUUUGACAUAAUUAUCAAGGCUCUUCAUAGUAGGAAGUCGUAAAAACCCAUGGAAGGACCUUGAACUAGGUAGUUUAGAUUGUGAAACAGCAAUGUAAUUUUCUAGCUUUGUUUAAAAGCUUCACAAGCAACAUUCUCUUAAGAUGAAAAACUCUUGUGCCUUCUGUUGCAGAAGUUAUUGUUCUCUUCCUUCCCUCCUUUGGUUAUGAUUUUUUUUGUAUAUAAUGAAGGACAGUGUACUUCCAAAUCUUUUCAAGAGGCAUGUUUGGGCAGCAGUACCUGCACUUUCUAUCCAUGGAGAAUACCAGGACUCUAGUUCUUUUUAAAGGCCCUUUACAUGUCAACUUGCCAUUGUAAAAGUAUCUACCUGUGACACGGCAAUCUUAGUAGUCAGCUCUGAAAUAAAUAUGCUCUUAUUUGAUAGGGACACAUGAACAUGCAGAGUGGGUGCCAUGUCCAGGUACACCUUGGUGAGUGAGCAGGGUGCAGCCUGGAACACUGCAGCACAUUCCUCUGCUCUACAGUAGUCGUGCUCUGAGGUUUUGGUCCCUAAACUGUUCUCUUUCAUAUGCUGGAAUAAGUUCUCUUGAAUCACUUGCACCUUGUAUUUCAAGGAAUAUGGGCUUGUCUAAGAUCUAAGAAUAUUCCAUGGCUAAAGUAACUUAACUUAAAGCAGAAACCCACCAUCUAGGAGAAAAUCAGGGUGGGCUGGGGUUUUUUUUGAGUGAAGAGGGAUAAUCUAGUAACAAUAGUCUAGAUUGUGUCUUGCUGCUUGUCCCAGUGCUUGCUUUAAUAGUAGGACACUUGGAAGAGCCAAAGAUAGAGCAGUCAUCCAUAACAGUCCUAAACCACACUGAAAUUUAACUUUCCUAUCUCUUAAUUACUAGAUGCUUCAGAGAAAAAGGGCUUUUGUUUUUUAAUAAAAAAAAAAAGUGCAAUAUUUACAGAAAUAUAAAGAGAUAAAUGGCUGCAGGUUUGAAUGCCCUGCAAAAAACAAAGCCUUUGCAAGCAUGUGACAUGCACUUGACUGAGAGUGUUUUUUUAGCCUUAGCAUCUCCUGUGUUACAGAAACAUGUUUCAGUGCACUAGUCUAACUCAGAGAUUUCAAAUUAUUUUCAACAUUCUUUUGACAAAGGGAGUGUUUUUUUUAUUAAUAAAGUGCCUGUGGAAAUAAAAAUCCAAAAGUUGCCUGCAAAUGUAAAUAAAGCAUAUAGAACCACAGCCCAUACUUGAAGAGAAUGGGUGCUAACUCAGUAACUGUGGAGAACAGCUGCUCAACAGUUGUAAGUGUUGAUAGGAUUCUGAGUUUGAGAAAAGAAUAUUAUGUUUGAGAGUUUACUGUGUUAAUUAAACUUCUACUGUUUUUGCUUGGGCCUUAACUCUUUAACUUAGUUAUCUUUAAAGAAAAAUUAGUUCCUUUGAACUAUUCUAUUUCAGAUGUUUAAUGACAGUCUUUACUCUGGUGGGGAUUUUUAUUCAUUUGUUACAUGGUUUUGUGUUUUUUUACCUGUUAAAGUCACCAAAUGCUUUGAUUACUCAAUUUGAGGUAAAAGAGUUUGAAGAAUGUCUUUUCUUUAAGUGCGGAAUUCAAGGGAGGGUGAGUUUUAUUACACUGAUACUAGAACUGAGAAGGAAUGAUUUCCAUGGGAAGCAUGAUAGUGCUAAAACUUGUAUGUGUGGUUAUUUGGGGUAUGCAGAAUAUUAGUACUCAUGUGUUGUUUUGCUGUUAAUUUUAUGCUCUAUAAAGAGGCUAUUUGGUACUAAUUUAAAUUUAAAAAUAUUGAUUUUAAUGUUGCAACAGCUGUUAUUUGAACUUGAAACAUCCAUUUAUGUACUGAUAUGCUAGAGCAAAAUUUACAUUUCAUCAGUAACUUCAUUUAAAAAUAUGAAAGUAAUCUCAUUUUUAUCAAAAUUAACAUGGAAUUUAAUCUCUGGGCAAGCUUGAAUUGCUCAUAUGCCACUGAAACCAAUCUUCAAUUGCAUAUAGAAGGAAAGCAGGCUCUUUUUUUUCUAAUCUAGUAUAACUUCUUGAGUAGACUAAGAGGGAAGUGAGACUAGAUUACUCCUCUAUAAAGAAAACAGGCAAAACCAGUAAUGCGUUUCAGCUGUGCUGAAUAGUUUAGCUUCUUAUUUUCACACUGUAGAAUUUAAACUUUUCUUGAAACUCAGAUUUAAGAUGUCUUUAGUUCAGCUAAAUUUUCACCUGUUCUUUUUAUAUUUUUUCUAAUAGUUACAUUUUAUUGGUGUACGUUGUAAUUAACCACUGAAUUUCUUGCAAAUAUAAACAAAAAAAAAAAAGCUGCAUUCUGUUCUAAGUUAAAUCUGUGUUCUUAGUUUUUUAAUUUUGAUUAAUCUGUGGCUAGUAAAAUGUCCAUUUGCUGUUUAAAGAGACAGUUGCCUUAAUUGCUUGGAGGAAAGCUGACCUUGACCAUUUGAAGCUUUAUGUAUUUCUAAAAUUCCUGUAACUUCUGUAAAAUUGCAAUAAAACCUUUUUUAUGCCACUA